CCUUCGGCUCCAGUUGCAAGCUAACCCGGCAGAGCAAUGCUUGCUGUUCUCAAUACAUGCACAUUGAAAUCUGUGUGAUCUUUAUGAAAUAAUGUCGGAAGAAGAGUUGAAAGUUCCGGACGAGCUUUUCAAGGAUGUGAAGUUCUACAUAGUUGGGGAUAUUGAGCAGAAGGUGGUACAGCUGCUGAAAGCAGGAAAGGGUAAAGAGGUGUCUUAUAACGCACUAGCCACGCACAUUAUCGCAGAGGAUGGCGACAAUCCGGAGGUGGGCGAGUCCCGAGAGGUGUUCGACCUGCCGGUUGUGAAGCCCAGUUGGGUGAUACUUUCUGUAAGAUGUGGAGACUUGCUACCAGUUACAGGUUUUUCACCGGAGUCGGGGCAGCUGUUCUUUGGUGUCCGAGCAUGUUUACCUCACCUGGCUGAAGAUCUCAGUGCCCUCUGGGCGUUCGUUACAUUUUACGGGGGCGACUGUCAGCUGAAUUUCAACAAGAAGUGCACGCAUCUUGUUGUUCCUGAACCGAAGGGGACAAAGUAUGAAUGUGCAUUGAGACACAGUAGUAUUAAGAUAGUGACCCCUGAGUGGAUCUUAGACUCUGUCAAAGAGAAAAACAGGAAAGAUGAGGCUCUGUACCACCCACGACUUACCUAUCACAAGGAAGAGGAGGAGGAGGAAGAGGGCAGCGAGGACGAGCGCAGCUCACGCUCCGAGGGCAGUUACAGCGACCGCCGCUCUCCUCGCAGCAGGCGAUCUAGCCCCGCCUCCUCCCGAGAGACGUCGCCUGCCAGACGCCGCCGCUCGCCCUCCCCUAAGCCGGAGCGGAGACCUGAGCUUAUGUUCGAUGACUCGGACGACUCUUCCCCCGAGAAGGAGGAGCGGAACCUAAACUGGACUCCAGCCGACGUUCCCCAGCCCAGCACCGCCAAGCUCCGCCUGCAGCCGGCCAAAGACACUGGCCUCAUCAACCUCUGCGCCAACGUACCGCCCGUGCCUGGUGGGGGGGGCCCUCCAGAUGCCCGGCUGGGUGGAGGAGGCCCAGGUGCACCCCUGGGGGCGGAGCGACCAGAGAUGAUGGGUGGGUGGAACACGGUGGCCCGCCCACUGCGCAACAUCACCAACAGCGGCGAGCCCCAGCAGGUCAACCGGCCACCCAACGUCACUCACAUCCUGCACAGCCUGUCUACCCCUUCUAAAGGUGUGGAGCAGCCGGGUGCUCCGGCCCAGGCUGGCAUGCCCAGCCAGCUUCUCUUCAACCCCGUGAAGCCUCCACAGCAGCAGCAGCAGCAGCAGCCGCAGCAGCCGCCGCAGCCGCUCUCUGCUGAAGCACAGCCACAGUUACUCCACCAGCAGCAGCAGCAGCAGCAAGCCCAUCCGAUCCCACCGCAACCGCCGCCGCAGCAGCAGCCGCCGCAGCAACAACACGCACCGCAGAUGCUGCAGCAGCACCCCAUGAUGCACCUGCAGCCCCAGGGCAUGCAAAUGCACCAUCAGCAGCAGCAGCAGCAGCAACAGCAAGGCUUCUCCCAAAUGCCCCAGCAGUCGCAUCAGUUCCUCUCUCAGCACAUGCCCCAGCAAAUGUACCCACAGCAGCCGCAGCAGCAGCAGCCACCGCCGCACCCGCCAUUCCUGCAGCAGCCGCUGCGGCCGCAGCAGAUCCUGCGGUCCCCACUGCAGCAGCAUGCAUUACAGCAGCAACUUCUGCAGCAGCACAGGUUGCAGCUGCAAAUGCAGAAUCAGCAGCAGCUCCACCAGCAACAUUUGCAGCAACAGCAGCAUUUCCUGCAGCAGCAGAUGCAGGGCCAGCAGCACAUGCAGCAGCUGCAGGUGCAGCAACAGCAGCCGCAGCAGAUGCAGGGCCAGCAGCCACUGCAGCACCCGAAUCCACAGCACCCGCCACAGACGCUCCUGCAGGCCCCAGUGCAGCCGCCACAGCUGCAGCAGCAGCAGCUGUUUGGCCACGAGCCGAGCCAGGAGAUACCAGACGAUGGCUUUUUGGUUGGCUGUGUCUUCGCAAUCGCCGACUAUCCAGAACAAAUGGCCGAUAAGCAGUUACUGGCCACGUGGAAAAGGAUCAUUCAGACGUACGGAGGGUCAGUGGACUCAGCCUUGAAUCGUUGCACUCACCUGCUCUGUGAGAGUCAAGUGAGCAGCAUGUACCUGCAGGCCCUGAGAGAGGGAAAGCGCUGUGUUACGGCUCACUGGCUCAACACCGUCCUGAAGAAGAAGAAGAUGGUCCCUCCGCACCGCACCCUUCACCUGCCGUUCAGCUUCCCGCCGGGAGCCAAGCCAUGCUCGCAGCAUAUUAUUUCGGUGACGGGAUUUUUGGACAGCGAUCGAGACGACUUGAAGCUCAUGGCCUAUUUGGCAGGAGCUCGCUACACGGGCUACCUCUGCCGCAGCAACACUGUUCUCAUCUGCAAAGAGCCGAGCGGGCUGAAGUUUGAGAAGGCGAAGGAGUGGAGGAUACCAUGCGUGAACGCCCAAUGGCUGUGUGACAUCCUGCUGGGCAACUUUGAGGCUCUGAGGCAGGUCCAGCACAGCCGAUACUCCCAGUUCAACCUGACCGAACCUCUGGCACCAAACCCGCACCUCGUCCAGAACCUGCUACUUGCCUGGCGGACUCCAGUGAAGGUCUCCCCGGAGGCGUUGGUGAGCCUACGGCUGCAGCAGAAGCAGAAGCAGGCUGAGGGGGCCUCCCAGCCGCCUGCCAAGAAGCCCAAGACGGAGGAGCUUCCGCAGCCCACCAAAAAGCUGCCGGCGGAGUUGACGCCGUACGUGUUCUUCACGGGCUUUGAGCCCCUGCAGACCCAGCAGCACACAAAGAAAUUGUACGAGCUGGGUGGUGAAGUGGCGGACAGCGCCCAGAAGUGCACUCAUCUUGUGGCUAGCAAAGUCACUCGCACGGUCAAGUUCCUCACGGCGAUAUCUGUGGUCAAGCACAUCGUCACUCCCGAGUGGCUGCAGGAGAGCUGGAAGAGCCAGAAGUUUGUGGAUGAACAGAACUACAUGCUGCAUGAUGCAGAGGCAGAGGUCCUGUUCGAUUUCAGCCUGGAGGAAUCGCUAAAGAGAGCCCACGCGACGCCGCUCUUCAAGGGAAAGUACUUCUACAUAACGCCGGGGAUCUGUCCAGGCCUUGGCACCAUGAAGGCCAUCGUGGAGAGCGCUGGAGGGAAGCUACUGCCCAAACAGCCCUCCUUCCGCAAGAUCAUGGAGCACAAGCAAAACAAGAACCUACCGGAGAUCGUCCUGAUUUCAUGCGACAACGACCUGCAUCUCUGCCGUGAAUACUUCCUGAAGAGCAUCGAUGUGCACAAUGCCGAGUUCAUUCUCACCGGAGUGCUCACUCAGACACUGGACUAUGAAUCAUAUAAAUUCACAUGAGUCGUGCCAACACCCUUUGAAGAUGAGGUGAAGUUAACACUAAACUCUGACAUUGCCUCUGCUGCGCUGGUGAUGAAAGGAUUUUUAAGUAAUUGAAAGAAAAAAAAAAAAAGAAUUUACAAUAUACAGGUAUUUCUUUGCAACAUUUUUUAUGAUGAUUCAACAGUAAUUUGACUUUUUUUGUAGACAUUACUGAUAAAGUGAACAAAUGGCUGUUAUUUUUAAAUGAUUGUUUAAAUUAUGGCAUAUCUUCUAGGUUGUUUUUACUGUGAUGUUGUCUUUCGCUUUUGGAAUAAAAUUCUUGAAUUGUGAAAA